UCUCCCCUUCAAAUAGUUUUGAGAUUCUCCAGACCAAAAACCUUUGAACAAGACAAACCUCAUUAAGCAAAUCCAAGAAUUUCUCUCUCCAGAGAGGAAUAUUUUUAAUUUGAUUUUUGGUCUUGUUCAUGUUAUAUGAAGCGGAGGGAAUAAUCUGUUGCUCUGAUGUUUUUGGGUUCUGAACAAAUGAUUGAAUUUGAAUAGAGAGGUGAAGGGUGAUCAAAUGUGUAGAUUUGGGGAUCUGGGCGUCUCUGAAAAGGGCUUGAAUUGAAUGACAUUAUAGGAUUUUGAUCUGAUAAGGAGAAAGGAAAAUGGGGGUUGAUUACUAUAACAUAUUGAAGGUGAACAAAAAUGCAACGGAUGACGAUCUCAAGAAGUCAUACAGGAAACUGGCUAUGAAAUGGCACCCUGACAAGAACCCCAACAACAAGAAAGAAGCUGAAGCCAAAUUUAAGCAGAUCUCCGAGGCUUAUGAGGUCUUAAGCGACCCUCAAAAGAGGGCACUUUAUGAUCAGUAUGGUGAAGAAGGAUUGAAAGACACGCCACCUCCUGGCAGUGGAUCGCCAUUUGGAAAUGGUGGUGGUGGGUCGAAUGGUUUCAAUCCUAGGAAUGCAGAGGAUAUCUUUGCAGAAUUCUUUGGGAGUAGCCCUUUUGGAUUUGGAUCUUCAGGACCUGGACGUUCUAUGAGAUUCCAGUCAGAUGGAGGAGGGAAGUUUGGGGGUUUUGGUGGGGCUGAAAAUAUGUUCCGGAGCUAUAGCGAGGGGACAAUGCCUAGGAAACCACCACCAGUUGAAAGCAAGUUACCUUGUAGCCUCGAGGAGCUUUACUCAGGAUCAACAAGAAAAAUGAAGAUCUCUAGAACAGUAAUUGAUGCCAAUGGGAGGCAAGUCCCAGAAACGGAGAUAUUAACUAUCGAUGUGAAGCCUGGAUGGAAGAAGGGAACAAAAAUAACAUUUCCAGAUAAAGGAAAUGAGCAGCCAUAUCAGCUUCCAGCAGACCUUGUUUUUGUUAUUGAUGAGAAGCCCCACGAUGUUUACAAGAGAGAUGGCAAUGACCUCAUUGUUAACCAAUGGGUGUCACUAGCUGAGGCAUUGGGGGGAACCACAGUGAACCUCACAACUCUUGAUGGCCGUAAUCUAUCUAUCCCGGUUACAGAUAUUAUUAACCCUGGUUAUGAGCUUGUCCUUGCCAAGGAGGGAAUGCCUAUAGUAAAAGAUGCUGGUAAUAGGGGUGAUUUGAGGAUCAAAUUUGAUGUCAAGUUCCCUACAAGAUUGACCCCGGAGCAACGAACCGGACUCAAGCGUGCUUUGGGAGGUUGAUUGUUGAAUCUUAUGUUCAUUAUGAGCUAAUAGCUGGAUUGGAGUUCAAAGUGGACAAAGCAGCCAUUCUGCUUUUCUGAUGAACUGGAACCUUCGCUCCGGUAGUGGUAUAGGUCCUUGCCUACUAGAAAGAACAGGUAAAUUUGCUCUCCUCCUCUUAUUGUGCAGAAGUUCUAAGCAUGAUGGCAAUCCGUGUGUUCACUGCAGUCCUUUGAUAUUUGAUAUUCUUGUCAUUGUAAUUUAAGUCUUUGUAGUUCAUUAUUUUUUCCUUUUAUUGUUACUUUAUAUUUGCAGUCGUAGUAGUUUUCAAGGGAUGACAAAUCUCCCUGAACAUU